UGAAUCAAACGGAUGCAAUUACUAUAUAUAUACCGCGGUAUUCUCGUGCAUAGUUUGGUGACGCGAGCGCGUUUCGAAAGUGGAAAGCGAUGCAGCUAAUUAAUGUUGCAUUAGCAAUUGUAUUUAAUAUAAAUUUCAAUUAAAGUAACAUCUCACGUACGCAAGGACAUACCGCAAACAAUGCACUCGAAUUUGCUGAUAUUUAUUUGGCGCCGAAAACUUUCAUUUCUGCUGCUGGCGUCUGGACUGGUUUUACUAGGUCUCUGGACAUGGGCCAUACUUGUCGAUACGACCAAAACACUGCCAACAACACUUACACAACAACAGCAACAGUCGAACAAUCUACAAUCGAGUGAGGCCAAUUAUCAGCACGUUCACAUCAUCCAGAAACUGAUUGCUCAGGCGAAUCGUGUCCUGCGUGCUGAACGGCAAAAGGAUAUCGUUGAGCAUCCAUCGCCAGUGCAACGGCUAUUGGGCAACGUGCGCUUUGUGCGUCCCACACAGGCCAAGAAGGCACCACUGCCACUAGCCGAUAGCUACCUUUUCGAACAGGAGCGUCUCAAAAUUCUCGAGCAGCAGCAGCGUCAACGCAACGCCGGCAUGGAGGAGCUGAAUGCCAAUGCCGAUGAUGAUCGCAUGCUCAGCUCUGCGGAGCGUCAGACCCAAUACGAGCACGAACUGCAACGUAUGGGUGUUCCAGUUGUUGCGGGCAUUGGUCCCGAUGGACCACGUGCGCCAGCCGAGCGACUGGUGCAUCUCGAUCUCAAGGGUGCGCCGCCGAAGCUCAGUUUCCUCAAGCAAAUGCUGCCCGUGCUGCGCGCCUUGGGCGCCACAGGUCUGCUCAUUGAGUACGAGGACAUGUUUCCCUACAGCGGCGUCCUCCAGUCACUUGCUGCUCACAAUGCCUACAAAGAAGCCGAAUUGAAGGAUUUUCUAGAGACAGCUUGGGUGGAAUAUGGACUGAGCGUAAUGCCGCUGGUGCAGACAUUUGGGCACCUGGAGUACGCACUGAAACUGUCCGGCUUUGAGCAGUUGCGAGAACUUGCCGAAAGUCCUCAAUCGAUAUGCCCCAGUCAGCCGCAGAGUAUGGCGCUGCUGGAGCAGAUGCUCACCCAGGUGAUUGAGCUGCACAUGCGACCGUCGCCGGCAAAUGCAACGAAGGCGACGCCGGAGCUGCCCAUUAAGUUUACGCACCUGCACAUUGGCUGUGAUGAGGUGCAGCGAAUGGGUGAAUGCUCCCUGUGCCGUCAACGGAUGCGCAGCGAACUGUUUCUCACGCAUGUGAUUAGCUUGGCGCACUUUGUGCGUCGCCGUUGGCCGCAGCUGCACGUCGUCAUCUGGGAUGAUCAGUUGCGCGAGAUGACUUUGAGUGAACUGCAGAACUCACAGAUCGGCACCUAUGUGGAGCCCAUGGUGUGGGUCUAUGCCAGCGAUAUCUAUCACUAUAUACAGCCCCAGCUGUGGGAUACCUAUGCGAAGGUCUUUCCCAGUGCCUGGGCGGCAUCCGCAUUUAAGGGUGCCUUUGGGGAGAGUUUGUUGGUGCCGCCGCUGCAACAGCAUCUCGAGAAUAAUAUACGCUGGCUGGCUGUUAUUGCCAAGGAGGGGGGACGCUUUGCCAAAGGCUUUAGAGGAUUGGCGUUGACGGGUUGGCAGCGUUAUGAUCACUUUGCUGUGCUCUGUGAACUGCUGCCAGUGGGCAUGCCCAGUUUGAUGACAUCGUUGUCCACCGUCGCCAAGGGUUAUUUUAGCACCAAUCCGCGGGACAACGAACUGUUGCGUGUGCUGCGCUGUGUUUUCCAACCGGAUAGUCGACGAUCCGGUCAUCCCUGGUUGGAGCUGCAUCCCAAUGCCCACUAUAGUCAACUGUUUGCUGUGUGCAGCUAUCCGGGACAUCUGGUGUUUAAGUAUGCGCUCCGCUUGUACGACAAACUAUCCGAGGUGCGUAACUAUCUGCAGCAGACGAAGGAGCACAGCGCCUGGCUCUCCAACUAUAAUGUGCGGCACAAUUUCAGUUCGCCACUGCGCGUCCUGGAGCUGACGGCGCGCACGCCUCAACUGAUCGAGGAGUUGCGCGUGAUGGCGCGUGAAUCACAGCAACUGCUGUGGGAGGUCUACGAUGAGCAUACGGUGGCGGAGUUUGUGGAGCAGCAUAUUUAUCCCAGCAUAAGUGCACUGCAUCAGCAGUUGGUCAGCGGUCAAUCUAUGCUGCAGAGACGCACUUGGCCGCAACGGCCGCUGCCCCUCUCCCCCGAGCUGCAGCAGGAUAUGGGAUUGAUUCCUACACACGAUCAGCACCAUCAGCAGCAGCAGCAGCACUGAACGAUUUUUUUCACAAAUAGUUAACAGAUAGGAGCAAGAUACAUAUUUUGUAGUCAAGGCGUUCGAAACGCCCUAAGCCUAAAGGAUAAUAACGAUAAAAAUGCACAUGCAAAUUAAUGUAUAACUUUUUCCAAGCUCACUUAAUCGUACAUAUGUAUGUAACAUGCUAAUCGUAAAAUAAAUUUUGCAUACGUCAAAUUAGAUUUAAA